AUGACAAGCUACGCCCCCCUGCGGCGCAUCAUAACCUCCCACGCCGCAGCCGACACGGACGGCACCAAUGUGGUGUUACACGACACCUCUAUCCCCCUCCGCCCCGCGCUUGAGGGCAACGCUGGUCUCGCGCCACUGUUCGCGACCGUCGGCUUGCCGGCGAUAUCUACUGCAACCCUCUCCGAUACCGAGAUCAAGGCGGCAGAAGCACUAGCUCCUAGUGUCGUUACGCCGGGCGGGGUGAACGCACAAGUUACCGAGCUUGCACCGCACUUUCGCGUGGAGAUGCACCGGACCAACUCGCUCGACUAUAACGUGUUCGUGUCGGGCAGCGCAUAUCUCAUCACGCCAAAGGGAGGCGGAGAGGAACGGACGCUCGUCAAGGCCGGAGAGGUGGUCGUGCAGCGCGGCACGUUACAUGCUUGGGAGGCAACGGCGGAGGGGGCGCGAUGGGUGACUGUGGUGGUGGCGGCGUUGUCGGUUGAGAUUGGGGGGAAGGAGCUGGAGGAAGUCAUGUUCUGGUGA